CGGCGGCCGCGGCCAAUGAGCUGCCGGACGCGGAGGGCGGCGGCCAAUGAGAAGGGGGAAGGGGGCGGGCUCAGUGCGGGGGGCGGGGCUAAUGCUGGAGCGUGCGGGGCCGGAGGCCGCUCUCCGUUCCUCGCGGCGAUGGCCUCACUCAGUCUAUCCGAGUUGCUGGACGCGGCCAUCGGGACGCCCGAAGUUGGGGCCGUCAAUUUCACGGCGCUGCACAGCCUGCUGCGCGCCAUGCUGCAGCACCUGGGAAUGCAGCACCUCCCGGCCGCGGGGCGGGCAGCACCCGGGGAGCAUCCCGAGCAGAGGGGCACUGCGAGCAGCUCCACGGCCCCCGAUGUGCUGAAGGAGGAGGGUGAAGGAAAGGAUAGAGAUGACUUCAGGGGCUCCAAGGCUGUGCCCCUCUCCCAGGACCUCCUCGAGGAGCUCGGUGGGAUGAAGGCAGCGCAGUCCCAAAUGGGAGAGGACCUGCGGAUGAUUAAGGGGAUGCUGGGCCUGGAGGAUGGCCAGGACACCGCAGCACAGCAGUUGGGCCGCCGUGGUGGAGUGAGGUCAGACAGCGAUGUGGGACGGCCACGAAAGCACCUUGAGCCCGCGCUGAGAGCUGACAGGGACCGACUUUCAUCCACCGAAUCCUCUGAGUCUGAUGAUGACACCCAACAUGAGGAUGGCCUGAGGAGACCCGCGGGGGGACCGGGGACACAGUCUGUGCCCAGGACUGGCAAAGAGACUGCAGGAACACAGCCUGACUCCCUGGGGGCACAAGCAGGAAGGAGGAGGGCAUCACAGACUCCUGAGAAGUGGGCAGGCACUGCCUCAGAUCAAGCGGGGACAUCUGGUGCUGCUGCCACCACCCCAGGGACACAGCCAGGGUCCCCUGGCACCCAGGUCACCACUCCAGGGAUGCAGCCGGGGUCCCCUGGAGCACAGCCCAUGACCCUGGGGACACAGCCGGGAUCCCCUGGUACCCAGAUCACCACCCCAGGGACACAGCCAGGGUCCCCUGGCACCUUGGGGACACAGCCAGCACCCCCGUGGUCCCAAGGAGGAGCAGUGGGGGCUCAACCAGCCCCCCCCAGCACAGCACCCCACACUCAGACCGCCCCCUCCAAAGCCACCCCUGGUGCCAUGGGGACAGGGGUGGAUGAUGUGCGCUCCAAGGGCAGAGGUGAAGAUUUGCAGCUCUUAUCACCCACUGCUCUGGGUGCUGAGACGUCCCCUGGCAUCGACACCGGCUCCGCAUCCCCUGCACGAGGGCUGGCAGUGCCUGAGGUCUCUGGCCAUGACGUGGGGACAGUGGAGGCUCUCAAGCAGCUCAGCCACCUCUGCAGUGCCCUGGAGGAGCGGGUGGCCCAGCUGGAGGCCACAAAAUCAGACCGUACGGAACUGGAGGAGCUGCGUCUGCCUUUCCUGGAGGGAGGCCAGGAGAGCAUCGCCAGCGUGCUGAGCGACCUGCGGCACCGCAUGUCUGCACUGCAGGGCAUGGCCAGCGACCUGCAUGGAGAGAAGGAGAAGAUCAAGCAGCUUCAGGAUGCCUUCAGGAAGCUGGGGGUGAUGGGAGCCGAUGGGAAAGUGGACGGCAGCCUGCAGCUGGGGUCUGUGCUGCAGGAAAUGAGGAGGGAGCUGAAGGAACUGAAGGAGAAGCAGGAUGCAGCCAGAGCCAUGCUGGAGCAGCUGGUGGCCAACACUGCCAACCGCCUGCAGGAGCAGCUGGAUGAGCUGCGCUCCGUGCUGGGCAGCACCACGCCGGCCAUGCAGCCCCCCAGCAGCGCAGAGCAGGACGAGGCCCCGUGCCCGGUGUGCAGCACAGAUGUGGGGGCACAGCUGGGGCGGCUGCUGCACCGCUACGAGCAGCUCCAGGAGUUGGUGGAGUCGGUGUCAGCACGGCAGGCAGCGGGCAAGGCGGGCAGGCAGCGGGUGGGCAGAGAGCAGCAGGAUGAGGAGCUGCUGAAGCACAUCCAGGCUGCCAUCACUCGGGUGCAAGGCGACUGCGAGAAGCUCAGCUCUGUCACUGGGAACCUCAUGGAUGAUCGCCACCAGAGGCAGAGGGACAUUGAGGCUCUGUUCCAGUCCCUGGAAAGGCUGGAGAAGGAGAAGGUGGACAAGGAGGAACUUGUGCUGGAGAUCGACGUGAAAGCCGACAGAGCCGCCCUGGCCGGCAAAGUCAGCUGUGCCCAGUUUGAUGCAGCCAUGGAACAGCUGAACGGAAUGAUCGGGGAGAUGCUGAGCAAGGUGACAGGGCAGGAACAGGACUGGCACCAGGUCCAGCAGAAGCUCAUUGAGGAACUGGACUCCAAGUUGGAUCGCCUGGAGUUGGCCCCGCUGCGGCAGCAGCUGGAGGAGCGCUGGAGGAGCAUCCUGAAGCAGCUCAAGGAGAAAACGCCGCGGCUGGAGGCUGACGAUGCUGCUGGGAUUCGGAAGCAGCUGCUGGCCCAUUUCCACUGCGUGUCCUGCGACCGACCCCUGCACAUGCUGGUGCCUGGACCACACAUUGUGACCAUUCCACCACUGCCACCGCUGCCUUCCCGUGUCACUGUGCGUCCCCGUGCCACCUGCCAGCCGGAGCAAGGCCACAGGGAGCAGGGAGCCCAGUGUGGGUUCCUGCAGGUGCCGCGGCACUGCGGGGGGCAGCACACCGUCACCCACCCACUGCAGCGCUGCCCACGACCCCCACAUUUCCCACCCUACGGCCCCACACCGCCACAGCCCCAUGGCAGCAUCACCAAGGAGCACGGCGAGAUGGAGCUGCUGGGCCAGGAUGGGCACAUCUACAAAGGCCGGUGGGAAGCUCAGCUGCCUGUCCUCGCAGGGAAGGAGGGCUCACCGAGGGAUAAACCCAAGCUGUCCCCCAGGCACUGGGGUGCUCAGGACACCAACUUCCUACCCGUGCGGCCCCAAAGUGCCCUGUCCCCACUCAGCCAGCCAGGCACCCCCAGGCUGCAGGAGAAGCGCCCAGUGUCAUCCCACGGCCGCCUGCCCCACCUCUGGCCACCACAGGGCAGAGAAGAAAGCCCCACAGCAGAGAGAAGAGGGGGAACCCCCUCUGAAACCCACCCAUGGGCACCGGGUGGACCCACGGGCUGCAGCCAGUAGCAAUAAAGAGCAGUGGAUGAGAUGCAUCUGCAUAGUCA